AUGUCUGCACAGUCAGACCAAGCACUUGUCCAAGCCUACUUGAGACAAGCCACGGGUGACUAUAUCGGCGUAGCUGCUGCAUGCAAGUACAUCCUUUAUCUCCCCUUUCAUCGCUCACACAAUAUUUGCCCCUCAGGCCUCGUCGCCUACGAAUUUGUGAUCACCUUCGGCAACGAGAUUGAGAUUGUUUGGAAGAGACCUAUCACGGCACGUGCCGUGCUCCUUGGCUCGGUACGAUGGUGUAUGCUCCUCGCGGCUGUCAUGAACAUUGCGCCGGAAACUGCGAAUGCCGCACUCUUUUCCGCCUUGCGUGUGUUCGCAAUCUGGGAUAGGAGUUAUGUCUGGUCGCUGAUCACGUUCGCGUUGAGCAUGGUGCCAUUUGCGACAAAUAUGCACAAUGCGGUAAUGAUAAAGUACGACAUUGGUGUGAACCCGCUCGUUGGAACAAUAUGCAUCGAGGAGUCUAAAGUCUCUGCACAAGUGAAUAGCAUGUGGGUGCACAGUUCUUGCGAUACACUCGGAAUAAUAAUCUUGCAAUAUAGAUUCAUGUAUACCACACGCAGCUCCCUCAUCAUCGCUGACGCUAUCGUGCUCGUCCUAACGUGGAUUAAGACAUUCAGACACUGGAGGAAUGCCCGCCGCCUCAAGAUGAGGGCAUCGCUGACGAUAUGUUUGCUGCGCGAUGGAACCAUGUAUUUCAUAGCUCUACUGGCUCUCAAUAUAAGCCAGCUUCUCACAUACAACAUCUCCGAUACGGUGCGUCCCGACAUGGGUACGUGA